UUCAGACAACAUCCACUGCAGUGCCUAGCACAUGGAUUUCAGGACUACUUGUGAAGAGACAAAGACGGGGAUCUGUUUGCUGCAGGAUGGUAAUCAAGAACCUUUCAAAGUACGCCUGCACCUAGCCAAGGACAUUCUGAUGAUCCAGGAGCAGGAUGUGAUUUGUGUGUCUGGUGAGCCUUUCUAUUCCGGUGAGAGAACAGUGACCAUUAGAAGACAAACUGUAGGAGGAUUUGGACUAAGCAUAAAGGGAGGAGCAGAACAUAACAUUCCUGUUGUUGUUUCAAAAAUCUCCAAGGAACAAAGAGCGGAACUUUCAGGAUUACUCUUUAUUGGGGAUGCAAUUCUACAGAUAAAUGGAAUUAAUGUGAGAAAAUGCAGACAUGAAGAAGUGGUUCAAGUUCUUCGGAAUGCUGGAGAAGAAGUGACCUUGACAGUAUCAUUUUUAAAAAGAGCACCUGCUUUCCUCAAACUCCUGCUGAAUGAAGAUUGUGCAUGUGCUCCCAGUGACCAAAGCAGUGGCACCUCCUCUCCUCUUUGUGACAGUGGCUUACAUCUCAACUACCAUCCCAACAAUACGGACACAUUAUCAUGUUCAUCAUGGCCAACAUCACCAGGCCUGAGAUGGGAAAAGCGAUGGUGUGACCUCAGAUUGAUUCCCCUACUUCAUUCCCGUUUCUCUCAGUAUGUCCCUGGGACAGAUUUGAGUCGGCAGAAUGCUUUCCAAGUCACUGCUGUGGACGGAGUGUGCAGUGGGAUCAUUCAGUGCCUCUCUGCUGAAGACUGUGUUGACUGGCUACAAGCAAUAGCAACGAAUAUUUCAAAUCUCACAAAGCACAAUAUUAAAAAAAUCAACAGAAAUUUUCCUGUAAACCAGCAGAUAGUCUACAUGGGCUGGUGUGAAGCACGGGAACAGGACUCCUUUCAGGACAGGAUGUAUUCUCCAACAUUCCUUGCUCUAAGGGGAUCAAGUCUUUACAAGUUUUUGACACCUCCAGUAACCACCUGGGAUUGGACCCGAGCUGAGAAAACAUUUUCUGUUUAUGAGAUUAUGUGCAAAAUCCUCAAGGACAGUGACCUGCUGGACCAGCGGAAACACUGCUUCACCGUGCAGUCCGAGUCUGGGGAAGACCUCUACUUUUCCGUAGAGCUCAACUGUGACCUUGCACAAUGGGAGCGAGCCUUCCAGACAGCAGCCUUCCUUGAAGUGGAGAGGAUACAGUGCAAGACAUAUGCGUGUGUUCAAGAAAGUCAUCUAAUGGGACUCACUAUUGACUUUAGCACAGGAUUUAUCUGCUUUGAUGCUGCAACAAAGGCUGUUCUUUGGAGGUAUAAAUUUUCUCAGCUUAAAGGUUCUUCAGAUGAUGGCAAGAGCAAAAUCAAAUUUUUGUUUCAGAAUCCAGAUACUAAACAGAUUGAAGCAAAGGAGUUGGAAUUUUCAAAUUUAUUUGCUGUUCUUCACUGCAUCCAUUCGUUCUUUGCUGCCAAAGUAGCUUGUUUGGACCCCCUGUUUUUAGGCAUUCAGGCUACUGCUUCAGCUGCAACCAGCUCUGCUACAACAAGCAAAGGAAAGCAUUCAACUUGACACACAGAGUUCUUCAUUGUCACUUAGAAUGACUGU